UAAAUUUGAACCAGCAUUACGAAUUAGGCAUCCAACCUCGCGAGUAGGAGUGUCUCAUCCGCUGACCACGAGCAGCAUCUGAUUUCUAGCGCUACUAAUUGCGUUAUUCCUCUACAAGUUUUUCUCAUUCGGCUCCCAACUGCUCUGCGCCGUGUUCUAACGAGUCGCUUUUGGAGUCGUCAUCGGCCUCCUCUUUCGUCGAGGGCGCUCAACAUGCUGCCGAGACCACUUCUGACAGCCGCCACCAUGGCGGCGGCCUACGUGUAUCCGUCCUACCUGUGCUUCAAGGCCAUGCGGCGGCGGCGACCAGACGUGCACGAGCUGCUCUUCUUCUGCCAGUUCUGGGUGCUCCUGUCCCUGCUGGUCGUGCUCGAGUGCCUCGCCUUGCCGCUGCUGGACUGGGUGCCGAUGUAUCAUGAGGCCAAGCUGGCGCUGAUCGUCUACCUCUGGCACCCCAAGACACAGGGCACAGAGCUCGUGUACUCCAUGCUGCACCUGCUGCUGGCCCGCCACGAGCCAAUUAUCGACCGCCACCUGGCACGCCUGGAGGAGCGCGGGAGGGAUGUGGCUGUGCAGUGCUGGCAUGCUGGCGUGGCCUACACUGGUGCUCGAUUCGAGGAGCUCAUUACGUACCUGGCGUCCCUGUCAGCACAGGCUGCUGCGUCAGCAGCCCUGAGGGGCUGGAGGCGAGUGGGAGGGGCGAGGGAGAGGAGAGGAGGAGGGAGCGAGAAGUCGAGGCGAGGAGUAAGAGUGGGGAUGGAGGAGGGGGGAGGGAGGAGGCGGAGGAGGAGCAGCAGGAGGGGCUGAGGGGGAGGAGGAAGUACCUGCAGCAGUACGGAGGGGAGGGCGUGCAGCUGAGGUCUGACGCGGGGCACAGGGUGGCCGGCAGGGCGGCCUAUGAGAGGCGCCUGCAGGGGGACGAGACGCUUGAGGGGAGAGGGGAGCUGCAGCAGCAGAGCGCACAGAGCGGGGGAGUGCAGAACCAGGGAGUGCAGAGGCAGGGAGUGCGGUACAGGAACGUGGACUCGGACUCUGAUGGUGACAGUGGGGAGAGCGAUGGGGGGAGCGGUGGGAGUGGGAGGAGUGGGAUGGGCAGUGACUACGAGCUGGUGGAGGCAGAGGGAGAGGACGGCGCAGGGCGAGCAGCAGGUCUUUCUGCCUCUGCUGCCCCCGCUGGUAGUUAUGGCAGAAUCGAUGACAGAGCUCCUGCCACGGCUGGCGACAGGGCUGGCAGCAGCGGGUGGUGGGGCAGCCGGCACCUCGCAGCAGGCCUGGCCGGGCUGGGCCGAGCCUUGAGCCCCUCAGGCAGCCAGGCGGGGCCCACAGCAGCAGCACCGCCACCCACCAUGCUGCAUGGCGCGCUGCCACCAGCAGCAGUGUUGCCAGUUGGAGCUGCGCGGGUUGAGGGUGGUGGCUGCACUGCUGAUGGCGGUGGCUUUGAUGCCGUGGCACCCGACCAGGUGGCUGACGUGGCUACAGCCAUGGUGGCAGGGGAGGCAUCGCCCCAUCCCAGUGGCAUCAACCUGCGCCCGCGGCGGUCCCAGCGGGUGAAGAAGCAGUUCUAGAGUGAAGUGGUUGAAGGGAGCUUCAGUGACUGCCAUACCAGGGGACAGGGGAGGAGCCUCGGUGGUUGGUCUGUUGGAGGGCGGCAGGGAGUGUCUGUCUGCAAUAUGCGUGAUGGGACGUGGAGGUGGGAGCGGUGGAAAGAGCAGUCACUAGUGCUGGCAGCGUGUGUGAGUAUAAGGGAAUAAGCAGCAACAGCAACAGCAACAGCAACAGCCACAGCAACAGCAACAGCCACAGCAACAGCCGCAGCAACAGCAACAGCAACAGCAACAGCAACAGCAACAGCAACAGCAACAGCAACAGCAACAGCAACAGCAACAGCAACAGCAACAACAUUCUACAGGGAUCUUCUUAGGGACCAAGGGAACACCAGCACCUGCUGCAGCACAUUGGACACGUUUCGGCAGCCUCUUGCUGUUGGCCAGCUCUGGAGCUGUGGUGGCAGCAGCCUGGCAGGAAUGUACAUACGGUAGGUGUCGCAUGUAUUGCAUCAACAGAAUAGUUAGUUGCAAUUCAUGGGACAGCGCUUAAGGUUGAAGGUGGAGUGGUGUAACACAAAAGUACUGUAGAGCAUUAUGCAACUUUUGGUGAGUGUACAGUGAUGGGUGGAGUGGGUCCAGGGUGUCAAA